AUGAUGGAACAGAGGGAUGUUGCUGUUGUGGUACAUGUAAUCACACGAAAUGUUCAUCGUAGUGAUGGAUCCAUUGCAUAUCCACCCCUCAUUGAUGAUUCCGAUCGGUCUGAUGAGGACGAUGAGGAGGAUCAUGUUGGUGAAACCACGUCCGAUGAUGAUGACGAUGAUGAUGAAGGGUUCUUCCCUCAGUUUGGACCAAGAAGAUUUUUCGCUCCUCAUCAACACGCUGACGACGAUGACCAGCAUCAUCAUCACCAUGCCAGAAGGCAACGAAGACGAGCAAAUCCUGUGGUUGAUGCUGAAGGAGUUUCCCAUACCGAAGGUCAAGCGCUUGGCAAGUGUUGGAAUGGUCUGUCGCCUCUAGAAAAAUUCAAACUUGAUUUCAUGUACAAACAAUCACAAGAUUCGUUCAAAUUUACAUCAUCUUCGAAUGAUACUGCAACUACAUCAACAUCAUCAUUAUCAACAACGAAUAAUCAUUUGUCAUCGGCAACAACAAGUAGUUCAUCGGAGGCAACCACAACGAGAGUAGCUCAGCAACAGCCUCAGCUUAAUUUUAACGGAACAAACGCACCAUCCAACACAUCGAAUACUUGGAAUAGUAGUGGUCCAGUAUUUUCAUCAUCUCCUUCCUCAACCUUUUCGUUGAAUGGCAAUAAUAGAAGUGACAACCAAGCUAGUACAACAAGAGCAGCUUCAUUCAAUCCUACUAAUAGUUCACAAAGUGCCAUCAAUUCUGACACUCCAUUCCGAUUUAAUUUCAACACCACAACAACACUACCACCACUAAAUUCAAAUACGACAAGUACGGAUCUGUUUAAUGCAAGUACUUCAUCCUCGACUUCCACCUCAAACAAACCCAAUUCGAAUUUGAACACGGCGACGACGAGUCAUCUGUUUACAAGCAAUAGUAGUGGCGAUGGCAGAUCUUCUUCUGGAAAUACGUUCUUUAAUUUUGGAAUGAGUAAUAGCUCAGCAAAUAAUAGGGACAAUCAUAGAAAACGAAGCGCCUCAGGAAAUGCCGACAUUAACCGAAGUGGCAAUUCCAACACAUUUGGAAAUUCCUCCUCACUAUCAUCUUCUCUGCGAACUUCUCAAUCCUCUCACGACAACCUGCUUCCUUCAUUUUCUUUGAAUUCUACUAGUGGCACAGGUGGUUUUGCAUUCUCUAAUACCACUCUCAAUGCCUCACCUUUCCAAUUUUCCUUCACCAGCAAUGACAGCAACACGCAAUCACAUCCACAACAAUCGAGAACAACACUUCAACCAUGUUCUGAAAUUGAACUCUCCUCUCUGACCUUAGAAGAAAUAAUUCUUGCCAUUCAAAAGAUUGUAGAUGAUGCACAAAAGAAUCCUGUUAUUUUCUUUUCUUCACUUUCUUCCUCUUCUGCCAAGACUUGUCAACCCAUCACAAAACUCACAGAAUUUCUCCUAUUGCUAUUAAUAUUGCAAGUUGUUCCUUCAUACGUUAACAAGUGA